AGACGCAGCGGCGGCGGCGGCGGCAGCAGCAGGAGCAGCCCCACAUCCGUUGUUGCUGGCGGCUCCUUUUUUAAGCUCCCUAACCCCAGUGCCCUGCCGUGGGGUGAAGCGGCGGCCAUGACGGAGAGCCUGGUCCUAUCCCCAGCCCCAGCCAAGCCCAAGCGGGUGAAGGCAUCGCGGCGCUCGGCAUCGCACCCCACCUACUCGGAGAUGAUCGCGGCGGCCAUCCGUGCGGAAAAGAGCCGCGGCGGCUCCUCGCGGCAGUCCAUCCAGAAGUACAUCAAGAGCCACUACAAGGUGGGCCACAACGCCGAUCUGCAGAUCAAGCUCUCCAUCCGACGUCUCCUGGCUGCCGGCGUCCUCAAGCAGACCAAAGGGGUCGGGGCCUCCGGCUCCUUCCGCUUGGCCAAGAGCGACAAGGCCAAGAGGUCCCCCGGGAAGAAGAAGAAGGCCGUCAGGAGGUCCACGUCUCCCAAGAAGGCAGCGAGGCCCAGGAAGGCCAGGUCACCGGCCAAGAAGCCCAAAGCCACCGCCAGGAAGGCCAGGAAGAAGUCGCGGGCAAGCCCCAAGAAGGCCAAGAAGCCAAAGACUGUUAAGGCCAAGUCGCGGAAGGCCUCCAAGGCCAAGAAGGUGAAACGGUCGAAACCCAGAGCCAAGUCUGGCGCCCGGAAAUCGCCCAAGAAGAAGUGAGCAGCCUGGGGGCUUUGUCCAGGCUCUCCCCAUUGGUUUCUGUAAAUAGCUUUUGCCUUUAUUUUUACCUCUUUCUAUUUGCAAAUUUUAUAAGUUGAUCUAUUCCUAAGAGCUAAAACAAGGCAACGAAUGAAAGAAAAAAAGAAACAAAAAUGGAACUUCUUCCAUAUGGAAGAGUUCCCGUUUAUAAAAGCUA